CAGGCUGAAGAUGCCCACCUCCUCGUCUCUUGUUGCUCGACCCUUGUCAAGCAGAGUUGCUUUCGCUCAGUGGAGUGACUGUCGUUCGCACCACCCAACAUCCUCAGCAUUAGAAUGGCGUCCCGCCGCCUGUGCGUAGCCAUCCUUCUACUGGUCACUGGGACUGCAGCCUACUUUCGAAGGCCUCCAUAUCCAAAGGGAGGCCGCCCCGAACUGUGGAUGUCAACGAGCAAGCUGAUCACGGGGCGCGGGUACCGGCCGGAGAGCCACGAGGUGCGCACCGCCGACGGCUACCUGCUGGGCCUGCAGCGCGUGGCGGCGCGGCGGCCGCGGCCUGAGCCCACGCGCGGCCGCGGCACCCCCGUCCUGCUGGGCCACGGCAUGGCGUCCAACUCGGAGCAGUGGGUGCUGCGGGGUGACAGCCUGGCAUUCGCACUCGUCGACCUCGGGUUCGACGUUUGGCUUGUUAACUACCGGGGCAGCUUCUACAGCCGUCGACACAUCACACUAAGUGAAAAAUCAGCCCAGUUUUGGAACUUCAGCUGGCACGAGAGCGGCGUGCACGACCAGCCUGCUAUCAUCGACUACGUGCUGACGGUCACGGGGCGGCCGGCGCUGCUCACGGUGGGCCACUCCAUGAGCUCCACGGUGCAGCUGGUGCUGCUGGCCGAGCGGCCCGAGUACUCCUCCAAGGUGCUGGCCAGCGUGAUCAUGGCGCCCCCGGCCCUCUUCCAUCGCACCGUGGGCUUCAGCGAGGCGGCCGACAGGGUCCUCCGUCACUUCCCGCACGCCCGAGACACGGCAUUACGUUUUCUUAAAAGGGACAGCACCCUCGCCGCGCCCAGCUCCAUUCCAUUCUGCUACAUGUCAGGUUUGGGGAAGCCGCCGUCUCCAAGCUGCACACUCGUUAUGGAUUUCAUAUUUGGCGAGCCUUUUAUGCCAUUAAACUUGACGUAUUUUCAAAUUUUCAUGGCCCAUUGGCCCGAGAAGGCAUCCGGGGGCCAAUAUCUUCAUUCGGCGCAGAACUUCAGACUUGGUGGAAAUUUUUACAAGUUCGAUUACGGACCAUUUAAAAACAAAGAGCUUUACGGCUCCGUAUCGCCACCCGUGUACAACCUGAGCAGCAUCUCAUCUCCGACAUACGUCUACUAUUCGAUGACUGACAACACUGUGCACUACAAAGACGUCGAGGACUUGGCUAAACUGCUGCCUUCGUUGAAAAGACUCCACCGUGUAUUCGGAGACACUUUUAACCAUGUCGAUUUCUUUAUUAGCUCUGUGGCAUACGAGCGCGUUUACAUGCAUGUAAUUCAGGACUUGCUACGUCAUGUUUAAAAAAGAGUCAGUUGGAAUCUUU